GGAGCAGGAGUAGCAGCUUCUUCUACGUCUUACCUUUGAAAGGAAUUGGAAUAGCAGAGUGCUUCGCGGUAGCAUGGGUGCUUGCUGAAAACAAUUCACGUAGAUCACUCCUACCCAGAAGUGGUUGCUCUAUCCUGGUGCAAACCUUCACGGAGGGAGCUAGCAGGACAACAUGGACCAGAAACUGAAGAAAUGGGAAAAGACACGUGGCCAGAAAGGGCUUGGUAGAAGAGCUGUCAGUGGGGACAAGUCACUGCCAGCCCAGCAGGAACCUCCUGACACGACGUGGACCUUAUGUGAUGAGGAUGUGUGCUAUGAGACUAGCUUUCGGGUUGUUGAAGAGGAUUCCUUCUCCGACUGUUACAUAGAAUGCAUAAUAAGAGGUGAGUUUUCUGAACCUAUCACGGAAGAGGACUCACUUCUUAAGUCCUUUGACUGUCUGAAAGAAGGAUCAGAACAAGAGCUUUCUCAACAGGCUCUUACGGCAAGCUCACUUCUUGAACGUUCCUUGGAAUACAUGAAAAAGGGGGCAAAACAAGAACUUCCUCAACAGUUUGGUGGAGAGAAUUCACUUCUUGAGUCUUCUGAGUACAUGACAGGCAAGAAGCUUCCUCCUAGAGAAAUACCCAGCACUGACUUUUCAGAUCCUCAACAGCUCACAGCAUGCACUAAAAUGAAGCCAAGUACAAAUAAAGAAUAUGAUGCUCCAGAAAAAAUUGUUUGUCCUCAGAGUGGAUGCCUAAGAGAGUUCAAGAAUAGAGCAUCCCUGAGAAAGCAUCUCCGGGUUCAUAGUCCCCGAGAUCACGUAUGUGCAGAAUGUGGGAAAGCCUUCAAGGAGAGUGCAAAACUAAAAAGACAUUUUCUGGUUCAUACUGGAGAGAAGCCAUUUCCGUGUACUUUUGAAGGGUGCGGAAAACGUUUUUCCCUGUCCUUCAAUUUGCGUACACAUGUGCGCAUCCACACUGGGGAGAAACCUUUUGUAUGUCCCUUUGAAGGCUGUCGCAAGAAGUUUAUUCAGUCAAAUAACAUGAAAGCGCACCUCUUAACUCAUGCAAAGGCCAAAAUGAGUCAGUGAAAGAAGAUGGAAAAUAAUCCUCAAACAGGAUAAGCAUAUUAACAAAAGAGUGAUUGGCAACAAAUAUGCCUCAUUGAUUAUUGUUUCAGGAAACAAUUUUUAAAUCAAUAUUGCCACCCUACAAGGUAUAUUUUUUUUUAAUGUUACUAGGAUAGAUGCUCCUAUACUCUGUGAUCUUAUUUUAGAACUUUGUGUAUAAAAUUAUAGUGCAGUUCCAAUAGUAAUGUCAGUAAUGAACUUACUUCAAAAGCAUAAUCCUUAAUAUAUGACAAAUUGGAUUUUUGGAUAUGGGACUUAAUAUCUCAUACUAUAAGUACGAAAUUAACUUUGCUUUUAAGUUUGUAGUUUCCAACU